AGGAGGAGCGCGGCGGGUCCGGGAUGCACCGGCGGGGGGUGGGCGCGGGCGCCAUCGCCAAGAAGAAGCUGGCGGAGGCCAAGUACAAGGAGCGAGGGACGGUCCUGGCUGAAGAUCAGUUGGCCCAGAUGUCCAAGCAGCUGGACAUGUUUAAGACCAACUUAGAAGAGUUUGCCAGCAAACACAAGCAAGAGAUCCGUAAAAACCCUGAGUUCCGGGUCCAGUUCCAGGACAUGUGUGCCACGAUUGGUGUGGAUCCUCUGGCAUCUGGGAAAGGAUUCUGGUCAGAGAUGUUGGGAGUUGGAGAUUUUUACUAUGAACUGGGUGUGCAGAUCAUUGAAGUUUGCCUGGCUCUGAAACACAGGAAUGGAGGUCUGAUAACACUGGAAGAACUUCAUCAGCAAGUGCUGAAGGGAAGAGGGAAGUUUGCUCAGGAUGUCAGCCAGGAUGAUCUCCUCCGUGCAAUCAAGAAACUGAAGGUCUUGGGGAAUGGCUUUGGGAUCAUCCCUGUUGGUGGAACAUACCUGAUCCAGUCGGUACCAGCUGAACUCAACAUGGAUCACACUGUUGUCUUGCAGCUGGCAGAGAAAAAGGGCUAUGUAACAGUCAGUGAGAUCAAGUCCAGCCUGAAGUGGGAGACAGAACGUGCAAAGCAAGUGCUGGAACACUUGCUGAAGGAAGGAAUGGCCUGGCUGGACACACAGGCAGUGGGAGAACCUCAGUACUGGCUGCCUGCUCUCUUCACAGAGCUCUACUCUCAGGAAAUCACUCCAGAGGAAGCCAAGGAGGCAAUACCUUGACUGCUUCAUGUUCUGUGCCUGUACAGAAGCCUUCCUGUGAGGUUAUUUGCAUAUCCCCUGAAAUAAAAGUUUUAUAAGAAGUGUCCAGCUUGGAAA